AGUGUGACACACGGCAUGACAUUCCCCCACUGGUGUUCAAGUAAUUCGUAAAUACUCAAUGUCGAUUUUGAUUUGCUAAAAGUAACACCCAUUCACUGACGCAAGACCGAUCGCAUAGUGUGAAGUCCUGAAGUGGAGAGCUCUGUAUCUACUCUUUCUUUUAGACCACGUUCAUCCUAAAAGUAAGAAGAAGAGCAAGAUGUCGUCGGGUCAAAAGCCAGCUGCCAACCGUAGCACUUUGCUACAAUUCAAAGCCCGAAUUGUCGGCGCGAAGAAGGGAUAUGGUUUAUGACAGGACGAGGUGUAAAUAUUAAUGAGCGAUAGCAGGUUUACUGCUGUAGUAAGUUCUGAGUUCUAGGUUCAGAAAGAUUUUGUUCGUUUGAGAAGAUAUUGAGUCCUUUGGUCUUCCACGGUCCACCUCAUAUUAAUGAGUAGGGUUGAACUUGAACUUGAACUUGAAACUACAAGUAGGAUUGGUAGAACUUCGACAAUUCAAUAACACUUGAUGUAGUCGUACCUCAUCCUUGAGGUGUCUAUCCUAAAUUGUCAUCUCAAAAAAUCUUCGUCCUUACUCCAUGCCCAAGAACACUAUCCCAAGAAUCCCUCCCCUCUUCAUCCGCUCUCCUGAAGAAGAAGCGUGACGCCCUCAAAACGCGAUUUCAAGCGAUGCUUCACGUUAUGGUCAACAUUUGGUGUCCAUCAUUCUCGGCAUCUUGGUCCCCUUUUGUUCCCCUGUAUUCUUCUCAUGAAUAUUACAAGGUACUAAAAGACCCCAAGAAAGGUAAAAAAAAAAGGUAAAAGGGGUGAGGGGGCCGAGAUGCAAUCUAGCUCGAGUCGCAGACUCUAAUCACGAGAUUAUCACCUGCAAAAAGGCUGUGGGCGUAAUGGUCACGGACUGCGCUUUCUCUUACGCCAAAGCAGAAUAUGCGUCGGAUAGCGAGUUCUCUCAGGCUGUGCUGAAUCGUGUGAGUAAGCCCAGUGUCACAGUCACGAUGAAGGCGGAGAACUGUGCGGGAGUACUUACCUUAAUGUGAACGAGGACCUUUGAAAUAAAUUUCCUUUCUCCUGUGUUGGACCAAACGACGAUCUUCAGUUAGCUCACGAUGAGAGUUAAAAAAGACUCCACGACGAGUUUAAAAUGAUAGUAAUAAAAUACGUCAAGACAGUCGAAGUCAUUCAUGAUAUGUCUAAAUCUUGAAAAUAUGUUAAAAUUAGUGUGAAGGAUCCCCAACCUAACCUCUGAUAUCUUCCCUAGGUCCAACUCCCCAAGUUCACGAUGAACUACGACCCGGCAAAGGAUGGAUCAACCGACAGUUUAGGCAUCGGAUGCGGCGGUCAAGUGAUCCAAAGUUGCCGAGACCAACACCGAAUCGCAUUGAAAUUGCUCAUUGAGAUGGCCUCUCUGCAAACAAUGUUCAAGACUUUGGAUGAGGAGAUCAAAAUGACCAGUCGCCGAGUCAAUAGUUUGGAGUACUCAUCUAUCUUGAGGUUUCAUAUUUGAGGAGCGUGAUGUUGACUGAUUCAUCGACUCGUUCCUACUUGCUUUUGUUUCUACGAAAUGUUUCCCAUCCAUCUUCUUCUAAGUCUGUGCAUGAAAUAGCACCCUUGGAACGGAAGGAAUCCUUCCUCAUCCUUUCACCCUAAGUCACACCCACAUAUACUCCUUCCCCAUGUACUCCUUCCCCCAGACACACACCCCUUCUCAUCUGAUCACAUCACCCACGACACACAACCACAACCUAAGUCACACCCACAACCUAAGUCACACCACCCACAUUCCCCCAGACACACACCCACAACCUCAGUCACACCCACACCACCACCCACAAAGCACCAAAACCAACAACCAGAUGCGUCGUGAUCCCUCGACUUGAAAGUACUAUGCAAUGGGUCAAAGGCGAGAUGGACGAGAUGGAACGAGAGGAAUUUUUCCGUGUCAAGAAGGUUGUCGAAAAGAAGAAUUAUGCUCAGUUUCGUUUUUUUCCAUUAUACCCUUGUAUUAAUUUUUACUUUCCCCUGUAUUAAUAUCGAUUCUUCAUUCAUACUACUACACUUGUUAAUAACCAAAUGUAGUUUUUUUCCCUUGAAAUUAAUAUACAAGAAGUCGCCAGGGAAAUCUUCGGCAAGUCGCCGAAUAGAUUCGCAUCGUUACAAGGGGGGAAGGGUCAGCAAGAUGAGGGGGGCGGGUUUUCAAUGCAAACUGGCUCUAAAAGAAGCAGCGACAUGCUAAGGAGCUCGCGGCAGCGUUAGCAGCAGCAGGCGGCGCGCAGGAUGCUAGCAAGCAAAGACCGAUGAUGGCAGGUCCCGGAGCCAAUGGAAUGGGAAUUUGUACUUUUUAUCGACAUUUAGUUUUUUUUGAGCUCUCUACUCGUGAAGAAACUAGAGUCUACGAACUAAAGUCUACGAACUGCCAGAGUCUACGAACUCAAUUCUACGAACUGCCAAUAUCUUCAAGCUAAAACGCGCACACCAACACAACAGCUGUCCCGAUGCUCAACGUUGCUCCACCGAGCUUCAUCCCGCAGAAAGACAAGGACAUCCUUUUCUGA